AGCGGCCCCGACACCGCGUGCAGCACCUCCCGCCCGGCCGCCGCCAGCUCCCCGCCAGCAGGUCACUUCAGAACGAUGAGAAUGUUUAGUGUCUUUACAUUCAUGGCCUACUGCCAUUUGCUAAAAGCAUUUACGAUCACAGUUUCUAAGGACCUGUAUGUGGUAGAGUAUGGUGGCAAUGUGACAAUGGAAUGCAAAUUCCCGGUGGAAAAACAGUUAAACUUGUUUGCACUAAUCGUCUACUGGGAAAUGGAGGAUAAAAAAAUUAUACAAUUUGUGAAUGGAAAGGAAGACCUGAAAGUUCAGCACAGCAGCUACAGCCAGAGGGCUCAGCUAUUGAAGGACCAGCUCUUCUUGGGGAAGGCUGCGCUUCAGAUCACAGAUGUGAGAUUGCAGGAUGCAGGGGUUUACUGCUGCUUGAUCGGCUAUGGCGGUGCUGACUACAAGCGGAUUACUUUGAAAGUUCAUGCCCCGUACCGCAACAUCAGCCAAAGAAUUUCUGUGGAUCCUGUCACCUCUGAACAUGAACUAAUGUGUCAGGCUGAGGGUUACCCUGAGGCUGAAGUCAUCUGGACAAGCAGUGACCACCGAGUCCUGAGUGGCAAAACCACCAUCACUAAUUCCAAUAGGGAAGAGAAGCUUUUCAAUGUGACCAGCACGCUGAACAUCAAUGCAACAGCUAAUGAGAUUUUCUACUGCACUUUUCAAAGAUCAGGUCCUGAGGAAAACAAUACUGCCGAGUUGGUCAUCCCAGAACGACUGCCCGUUCCAGCAAGUGAGAGGACUCAUUUCAUGAUUCUGGGACCUUUCCUGUUGCUUCUUGGUGUAGUCCUGGCAGUCACUUUCUGUCUAAAAAAACAUGGGAGAAUGAUGGAUGUGGAAAAAUGUUGCACCCGAGAUAGGAACUCAAAGAAACGAAAUGAUAUACAAUUUGAAGAGACAUAAUCCAGCAUGGAAACUCCUGAUCUUAAAGCAGGGAUUCUCGGCCUGUGGUUUGAGUUCAGCAGAGCUACUCAUGACCAGAGCAGUGCAGAGGGCCAGGCAAGCUGCAGGCAACAUAGGGCUCAGAAGGCCCAAGUGGUGACCAGUGGAAGGUGGGAGAGAAGAGGAGGAGAACAAAGUAAUAAAGAGUAGAGGAGGUAGCCUGCAAGGAGACUUUGGCACUUCAAAACGACUGGGAGAAUCACAGGCACCUACAAAAGAAAGGAAGGACACUUCUGGAAGAGGAACCUCCCCAUGAACCGUCCAUCGCUCAUCCUAGGAAAACAAGUUGCGAUUCCCUGAUUUAAUGUGUCAGUUCCUGCAGAAGUGCACUUUGCCUUCGCUCAACGUCUCUAUUUGUCAUCUGUGUGACUGAAGGUCCCAGUGUUGCAACAGUAUUUAAGGAUGUUAUUUCUAUUUAUUUUGAGUCUUUGGAGUCUUGUCGUGUGAGUGUGGUUGUGAGUGAUUUCUUUGGAAGACACAUUGUAGUAGAAGUUAAAAUUUUGUCACAAAACUACAUUUACUGCUUAGUGAGUUGUGUGUGUUCAAUAAAACGUGUAGUAUU